CAGAAUUUAUAUGAAGCAGCAUUUUUCCACUUUGAAAACUUCUUGUCUGAUGAAAUAGCUACCCCAGGACUUAACCUGGACCCCCCAGUUUUGAUGGAGACCCUGGCUGUGCAGAUGGUUUCCAGCUUUUUCCUCUUCUCGGUUGCUUCCUGCUGCUGUCUGGUUUUGCAGGGAAAACAGAGAUCAGGACCACAGCGGUGCCACCCUGAAGGGCACAGCGUUGGCUGAGCAGCUCUCCUCUUGCUGAUUUAUUCAUGUGCCUGGCUCAGCUGUCUGCACUUGCUGUUGCCACAGGAGGGAUUUGAAACCUCUCCUGGAUAGACCUGAGUGGUAACAGUAGUAAAAGCGUAUUCUGAGUCACAGUACAGGGGCUGAAGGAGAAUAUGGGUGCACACAGGGUCACUUGAGUAUCUUUCUUAUUCUGCAUUCCUCCGUUCCACAGAAGAGUUUUUCUUCAAGGAAAAGACCUCUCUCUGAUCCUUGGCUUUCACAAGUGCUGGUGGUUCUCCUGAAAAUGAUGCCUUGUGUUUGCACUACCCCAGUCCCUAGGCACGGAAGGAGACGGGCAUAAGAAGACAGCUGGGCAGACUUCACGAGAGGCAUCUGUCAUUUCAGAUAACACCCAAGCUUCCUAAAGUGGGUCAGCAACUUGGCAAGUCACAGACAUCUGGAAACUGCAGUGACAUGGAUAAAGUCCACUCAUCCUUCAGGCUAGCUUAAGCCUGUGCAGACAAAAGGGAAAUUGUUGGCAAGAGGAGCAUCUGUGGGGCCUGAGGUUGGCCAUCUCAGUGCUCAAGGUACUGCUCUACCUGGCUAGCAGAUGCCCAGCAGGCUUUUGGAGCUGGAAGAGUUCUGGGCACAGAAACAGGACAAUGUUUUGGGCAUUGUUUAUGUCAGGUGUUGAGGACUAAAAUCACUGCAGCCUCAUCUUUCCAAAGACCACACCAGAGGAAAGCCAAUAUGUGCACUGCACCAAGCAUUCCCAGUUUCUCAGACUCCAGGAUUAUGAUUUAAGUCAGAUUUCUUGUGUCAGUGCUAGGCAACCACCAGCUUCAGAGGCCUCGUCAAAUUCUGGGGCUGUGGGAAACUUCCCAGACCUGAGAUCAGAACUGAUCCACGCCUCUGCUGCUAACCUGUGCAGGAAGCCUGACGUGAGACACUUCUGGAAGUAUUUCGCUGUAGGAAUCGGGUACCAGCUCAGUUAGGCAGGUAUUGAUUUUUUGCAAAUUUUCCUUUCUCUUUCCCAGACAGUAUAAAGUCCACAUUUGCAUGUGUUGAUAGAAUCACUUUAGCAACCAGUGGGCCUCGGGAAAACCUCGUCCCCUCUGGGUUCUUGUCCAUUAACCAUGCUUGUGGCAACUGCUAUUACUCAAUUGAUUACUGCUACUGGUUGCUCCUUCACUUUUAUUAAAUGGCAUUUUCUGAUUGCAGUCUGCUAGAUGGUUUGUUGGCUUUAGUUUUUUUCAUGUAAUAACUCCUGCUUUCCUGCCAGCACCAAAUUCACUGCCCGGGGUAAUGCUUUUCGGCUGUUUGAAAGUGGAUAUGAAAAGGUGUCCAUUUAAUUACGUGAUACCUCAGUAUAAAUUGCCUGUAUGCAUAGCGUGGGAGUCUGUUCCCUGCUGCAAAUCAGCUUUCCUGUUCUCUCUCUGCUUUUGUUGGGGAGAGGUGGGACCUAGGUUCUGCACUAAAGCCAGAUACGGGCUUUUCACCCUCAUUUAUUAUGCCUAUCCAUAGAAGUUCUUUAGGAAACCUAAAUUCUGAUUUUGGAAGAAGCAGUCUGUGAGCAGUGGCAUUAAUAAAGCUUGAUGUCCUACAGCAUUGGCUCUACCAGUUGAAUUCCGUGGGGUCUGUCAGGGUUCUUUGUUUGGAUAUUUGUAACGGUGUGAAAUCCCUGGGUGGACUCCCAAAUACUUGAAAGGAAUUUGAGUUCAUUUUGCAGUCUUCUCCUCAGAGGUUCCCUAGUAAUAGGAACUCAUUUUUCUUUUUAUCCAUCUGCCUGUUUCCAAUACAUUAACAUCCUUGAAUCUGCCAGAUUGGGUAGAAACCGACCAUGGAGCUUUUAGAGUUACUAUGCUAGGGUGCACAGGCAGAUGUGAGCACAGAACGUUUGCUCAUUUCUCUAGCAAGCCAGGUUCAAAAGACUUAAUUUUUCACGUCUACCUUUUUACCUUAUUGGUGUUCCAGGGUGGAUAGGCUAAAAAGGCGUCCACACAUAGAAACAAGGCACGGAGCAGGCUGCAGUCAACACAGACUCGCACUGGGUUCAGAUGAGCAGCAUCUCUUAAACUUGUGUCUGCUUGCUGCAGUGUAACACCUGUCCCGCUAAGCAGAGCUGCCUAACUGGGCCUGCUCACUACUCUGAAAUCCUGUAAUGUGCCCCGCUGCACCGUUUUCAACACCUUCCUGCCCGGUCAGUGGAAGGAAUUGUGCUUCCAGGAACAUGCUCUUUGCAUUGGCAGUGAUCAUAGAGCUGUUGGUGAGAGGGAAAGAGCAUCACCCAGCUCCCCUCACUCCUCCGUGCACACAUACUCUGGAGCCACCCAGUGUACCUCCUCCCAUCACAUUCCUGCAGAGCUCUGAUACUGCUGCUCCCUCCAGGAGCCUGCAGCACUCCUAAUCCUGCCGUUCCUCUGCUGGCUGCCUCUGCCUGUCAUUGACGGCGGCCUCAUGCACUGAAAUAAGCCUGGUUUUCAGCAAUUGCUGUUCUCAGAACUCAGCAGGCUGGAGGGGGGUGGAAGGGAGAUAAACAUCAGAGUUCAACAUCCAGACAAACACAGCAGAGCACACACAAUAAAUACAUCCUCCCCCAAAUGCAAAUACAUCAGAAGAGGUUCCUGCCCCAGGGCUCGGAGCAGAGCAGGCUCGGGCAGGAGAGCAACAGGAUGAGGCUGCUUCUCUUGCUAGCUGUGCUUUAUGGUGGAGUAACCAGCAGCAUCGUGCUGCAGAAAAUGUACGGGAGGAUCACAUCUCCUGACUUUCCAAAUACCUACCCCAAUCACAAGGAGAGAAUCUGGAAUAUUACUGUCCCCAAGGGAUAUUCCAUCCGCAUCUACUUCACCCACUUCAACCUGGAGCUGUCCUACCUGUGUGAAUACGAUUAUGUGAAGCUGAGCUCUGGUGGGAAGACCUUGGCUACACUAUGUGGAAAGGACAGCACAGACACCGAGGAGGCUCCGGGCAACAAGACAUACCUCUCCACUGACAACACCCUCACGGUGAUGUUUCGGUCCGACUACUCCAAUGAGAAGCCAUUCACAGGCUUUGAGGCCUUCUAUGCUGCUGAAGAUGUCGAUGAGUGCAAAGAGCUGUUUGAUGGUGAACCCCUCUGCAAUCAUCACUGUCACAACUAUGUGGGGGGCUACUAUUGCAGCUGUCGGAUCGGCUACACGCUGCAUGAAAACAAGAGGACGUGCACAGCCCCGUGUCAGAACCACUUUUUUACUGAAAGAACCGGAGAGAUCUCCAGCCCUGACUAUCCGGCACCUUAUCCCCCACUCAGCACCUGCAGCUACAACAUCCAGGUAGAAGAUGGCUUCCUGAUCACACUGGAAUUUGUGGAGACCUUUGAUGUGGAGACACACCCAGAGGUGUUGUGCCCCUAUGAUGUCCUUAAGAUUAAAACACCCAAAAAGCAAUUUGGCCCAUUCUGUGGGAAGACUUUGCCUGCAAAAAUUGAGACACAAACUAGUGCUGUGAAUGUUACUUUCAUAACUGAUGUCUCGGGAGCACACACUGGAUGGAAGAUGAAGUACAUGGCAGCAGGUUUGCCAUGCCCCAGUCCUGAAGCACCACCUCAUGGUCACAUAGCACCAGUGCAAGCGCAGUACACUCAGGGCGACCGCUACGCUCUCUCUUGUGACAUCGGAUAUGUGCUGCUUGAAAAUGAAAAUGUUGUGAUGUCUUUUAUAGCGGAAUGCCAAAAGAAUGCUUCUUGGAACAAACCAAUGGCAAAGUGCAUUAUUGUUGACUGUGGUCAGCCUGAGGAGAUGGACAACGGUGCCUUUACAUACCUUACGGGCCCUGAGAAGACCACCUACAAUGCUGAAAUUCAGUACCACUGUGAAACCCCCUUCUACAUCAUGAAGGCUAACAGUAACGGUAAAUAUAUAUGCAGUGACGACGGAUUCUGGAAGAACUCCAAAGGAGAAAUAACACUGCCUGUCUGUGAACCAGUUUGUGGAAUGCGGAGAAGUGGAACUCUGGAACGCAUAUAUGGAGGAAGGAGAGCCAAGCCUGGAGAAUUUCCCUGGCAAGUGAUGUUAAUUACUGAGCAUGGAGGUUUAGGAGGUGGUUCGCUUCUGUACGACAGCUGGGUUUUAACAGCUGCUCAUGUUGUAGUUGGGCAGAGAAACCCCUCAGCUUUGAGGAUUAAACUGGGGAUUUUGAACAAACGUUCAGAUCACUAUGAAGAAACCUGGGCAGAAAAAAUUUUUAUUCACGAAGGUUACAAAAAUGAUCCUGUUGAUUUUGACAAUGAUAUUGCAUUGAUUAAACUGAAACAUAAAGUCCCAAUCAGUACCAAUAUUACACCCAUUUGUUUACCAGGAAAAGAAGAGAGAUUUCAAAUGAAAGCAAAUUACAUGGUAGCUGUAUCAGGCUGGGGAAGGACUGAGACUAGGAGUUCUUCCGUUGCACUGCUGUACACCGAGUUGAUAGUUAUCAGUCAGAAAGAGUGUACAGAUGCAUAUGCAAAUAAGUCAUUUAAUGGAAAACCUCUUGUGGUAACAGAAAACAUGCUGUGUGCUGGAGCUGAGGGAGGGGGCAGAGAUGCAUGUAGUGGGGACAGCGGAGGACCACUGGUGUUCUUAGAUGCUCAGACCAAAAAAUGGUUUGUUGUUGGCAUUGUGUCCUGGGCUUUAGACUGUGCUGUUUCAGGGCAGUAUGGGGUCUAUACAAGAGUAACCAAUUACAUCCCUUGGAUUGAAAGCACUAUUUCAAAUAAUUCUUAGUAGACUGUUAUGUGAAGUCAUACCAGCUCUUCACUGUUACUUUGAUUACAGUACUAGCUAGAAUAUUUAAAUACUUGAAACACCACUAAACCUUUAAAUGUUUAACUUUGUCAUUGAGCUUAACUUUUGUUUAUAUAU